AUGUGUGGCACGGAGAGAAUUGUCUGCAUAGACCCUCAAGCAGAGCCCAAACAAACUGUAGACAUGGGGCUGGGACUAUUUGCCACCUCCAAGAUACGUCCUGGUGCUAAUGUUUUCGCAAUCACUGCCAACUUCGCUACUGUCCUGGAUACUCCGCGGCUGAAGGAUACCUGCUCGAAUUGCUUCGUAACGGUAGGGGAUGAGGUGAACCCUGGGCUAACGCUGAAAGCGUGUACUGGCUGCCGUGUCGUCAAGUAUUGUAAUGAGAGAUGUCAGACUGAAAGUUGGGCUGCAUCCCACAAGAAAGAGUGCAGUAUAUAUAGAAAGUGCCAUCCGAAUAUUCUGCCUAUGCACGCGAGAGCUGUUCUAAGCAUGAUUUCAGAGCCAGAUAAUGUCAUUCUGAAGGAAAUGCACAGAACCCAUCAUACGGCGGUCGAUACUCUUGGAAAUCAUUUUACAGAGAUGAUGGAAUUGGCUGGAGAGCAGAUCGAAAGAGUACUCACAAGCGCAGAAGGACUCAAGGAAAUAUCGAACACAGAUGUAGGAUUGCCCAGGCUAGUGCGUUAUUUUACAAUGUUGGAAACCAAUGCCUUUACUCUGACAAACCGAUAUUUCGACAGAAUAGGACUAUGCAUGCUUCCUUUUGCGUCGUAUGCAAAUCAUAGCUGCGAACCGAAUGCUUACAUUGGAUUUGAUGGACCAGUGAUUUAUCUCAAGGCACUACAGGAUAUUGCUCUGGACGAGCAAAUAUUUAUAUCCUACAUAGAUAAUACCGAGCCAUGGGAAAAACGCCAAUCGGAACUCAAAAAACGGUAUUUUUUUACAUGCAAGUGUCCCAAGUGUGUGCAAGGUCAGGCAGCACGAGAGGACCAGUAUUUGAACGCUGAGGGUCCACCCACCAGUGUACCGGAGAAAUUAGCAUGGGAUAUUGUUGCUAUGCCUGAAAGGCCAGGUUUAACACCUAAUGCCUUGGUUGUACAGGACUUAGCAGCACUUACGAGGCUUCAAUCAACAGGAUGCUUUCCAAUAACCCGUCAACCAUAUCCACAUGUUCAUGACGACUUCAUCGUGCAACUCCUAGAAGCCAAAUGUUACAGAUCUGCCUUCCUCCCUACACUAAUUCGGUAUUUACACAUGGAUCCCGUCUUAUACCCCAGCCGCUACCAUCCAAUCCGUAAGCGAAAUACAUGGGCACUUGCGAAGCUUGUGCGGUGUAUCAAUGACCGCACAGUGCACGAUAGAAGCCCGCCAACUACGAAUUAUGACAACUUUGGGGACCACUUUCCAUGGAUUUACUAUUCUCUGCUGAGUGAGCUCGUGGAGAUUUACGAUGAUUCACUAGGUCUCCAGAAUUUACUCAAGCUUCAACUGCGCGAGAUCAGCGACGAACUCGAACGCCAUGGGAUUGACUUCAGUACUGCUAAUGAGCGCCAACUGAAUAAGAUUUUAAUUGACAUUGCAUGGAAAGAUGUAAAGUCCAUGGUGGACCGCCAGCUAUCAAAAUUGGUAGCGAUGGGCGGAAAAGAGGGGAAUAUUUAUGACUGA